AAAUACAGAUCGACUAAUUAUAAAGGCAGAAGAUGUAAGAGUGAAUAAAAACCAUUUCCCGUCAAAUUACAAUAACGCGGAGAGGAAAGGAAACACACAAAAAGAUGAUGCGAAUAGCAGUGUGUCAUAUGAAUCUCAAUUUUUUGAACAAGAAAAUGAAUUUGGGGAUUUGAAUGAACAAAGUGAAGAUAUUGCUGAAAAUUAUGACAAGCACCAAGAGUUAACCACCAAAACACAAGUUUUUAAUGACUCUGAAGAUAUCUUUACCAAGCAAUCUAUCUCUAUUAUUACAGAGGAACCCAAACAACCAUGUCAACAUAGUCAAAGUCAUUUGUCACCCACUGGCCACUAUACUGGGCUAUUGUUACAGUUUGACUUUGCAUCAAAUGUAUCAUGUCAGCAAUCCUUUGUUGUUCAUGAUUAUAAUGCAAACAAAAGAACAAUUAUGCAUAAUUCAUUUGUAUUUGUACAUCGAUAUCCCCACCUAUUGCUUGAUGGCUAUGGUUGGAUAUUGUGCUGCUCAUGUGAUGCAAAUAGAAAGCAAUUUGUUGAUGCCCUACCUAAUAAUAUACAAUUAGAUCCUCAAAAAGAAUCCACAUCCAUGAUGCAGUCUGUUUUCAGUGAUCAUUCCUACCAUGAGAUGCAACCUGAAGAAGACUUGUUUAGUGCAGUGUGCAGGGAGGUUCAGUGGAUUGCUGUAAAACCAGUGAAUAGUCCAUGGGGGGUUUGUACUUUAGUGUAUUCAAAAGUAAUGCCGCCCCAGCCCGAGUUAAAAUGUUGCAGCUAUUCGUCAUAUCAUUGCAUUCAUGUGACAACCCUUGCAAAAGCCAUGCAAAUCGUUGACGAGGAUGAAAUGGAUUCUCCAUUGGCACUUUUUAAGUUUUCCUUUGGAAUUACACCAGAUGCGAGACUAUUUUGAAUUGGCUACACUUAGCAAAGAAAAGGUUUCUUUAUUUGAAA